AAUAAUAUUCCUCUACAUCUUCACUCCAUUAUAGGUUAUUAAAUUAAUAUUAUAUAAAAAGGAAUUGAGAGAUUUCAAUAACAUCAAAAUAAAGCAAAGAAAGCUGAACAUUUACUUCAUAUACAAUACAAGAAGAGGUCAUAGAAACACAACCCCUUCUCUCCUUCUUCCAUUUCACCUUCCUUUUUCUUUCACACCCAUUUAUUAGAUUCCUCCAAUGGUCUUUUCUCUUCCAUUGGAUUGUACAGAUUCCCAGCUUCAAAAACCCAUCUCAAUCUCUUCAUUUUCUUGUUGAUUUCGCUACUCUCUGUGGUUUUUGGACUCAAAACUCUUCUGGGUUUUCUGGGUUUUGGUUUUUUCUGCAAAAACUCUUUCUGGGUGUCUUGCAGAAUAGCCUUUCAUUCCCGCUACCGUAUGCCAUAAGAGGAUUGAGGAGAACAAUCAUUUUUGUUUUUUUCACAAAUUUUUCAUUUAUUUAGUUCAACUUUUUGUGCAGAAAAUAUUUUUUUUCCUUUUUGUAAAUUUUCUCUUGAAUUUCCUUUUUAAGAUUAAGGAAAAGAAAGAGACAUGGGCAAGCAAGGGCCUUGCUAUCACUGUGGAGUUACAAGCACUCCUCUUUGGCGCAAUGGGCCUCCAGAAAAACCAGUACUCUGCAAUGCAUGUGGAUCCCGGUGGAGGACAAAGGGAACGCUUGCAAAUUAUACCCCCUUACAUGCACGUGCGGAAACUGAUGAUCUUGAGGACUACAGGGUUUCCAGGGUGAAAACCAUGUCUAUUAAGAACAAAGAAGUGAAACUGCACAAACGAAAGCAAAGUCAUGAUAAUGGACUAGUUGUAGGGGUUCCCCCUGAUAACAACCAGGGUUCUCGAAAGGCUUUAGAUGAAGACACAAGUAAUAGAUCAAGUUCAGGGUCAGCAAUAUCUAACUCUGAGAGCUGUGCACAAUUCAGUGGCGCAGAUGCAAGUGAUUUGACAGGUCCAUCCCAAUCUGUUGUGUGGGAUACAAUGGUGCCUUCAAGGAAGAGGACGUGUGUGAGCCGUACAAAACCAUCUCCAGUUGAGAAGCUUACAAAAGAUUUGUACACUAUUUUACAUGAACAACAAUCAUCAUACUUCUCUGGAUCAUCUGAGGAGGAUCUGCUUUUCGAGAGUGAUGCACCAAUGGUCUCUGUUGAGAUAGGACAUGGAAGUGUUCUUAUUAGGCAUCCAAGCUCAAUAGCUCGAGAAGAAGAAUCUGAAGCUAGCUCCCUUUCAGUUGACAACAAACUGUAUCCUGCAAAUGAGGCAUACUCAGUUUCUGUGGCCCUUCCUGUACAUACUGAUAAAAAGGGUGUUAGUUUUGCAAGUGCUGAGACUGAAAAAAUUAAGAAGCCUCCUGGACAGGGAACACAACAAGAGCAACUUAAAAGGGAAAAGUUUCAGCAAGAAAAGUCACAAGUUCUGGGACAUCAUCAUUCACCACUAUGUCAUGUAGAUUUGAGAGAUGUUGUCAACUUUGAAGAGUUCACAAGACAUUUAACAAAUGAGGAGCAGCAGCUGUUGGUUAAACAUUUACCAUCUGCUGAUGCUGCUAGGUUUCCCGAUAGCCUUAAAAGCAUGUUUGAUAGCCCCCAAUUCAAGGAGAACCUAUGUUCCUUUCAGAAACUGCUUGCAGAAGGAGUUUUUGAUGUUUCUUUCUCAGGGGUGAAAGCUGAAGAUUGUAAGACCUUAAAGAGGCUUGCAUUAUUCAAUUUAACAAAGUCCAAAUGGAUAGAACAGUAUAAUGUACUGAAGAAAUGUAAAAGUAAUAAUGGCAGGUCUGUAGUUGAUGGAGGAAUUAAUGCUUCAAGUAAUUCAAUUAGUGUCGGCAGACUAUCUGGCUGCCAAAAUCAAAAUUUCUCAGAAGCAAAGGCAGCAAGGGAAGGCCCAACAAGGGUGAUUGCAAAGGCUGGCUAUGACGGCAAGGAGCUUAGAGACAAUGACGGUUCUUGCUUCAGUCCUAGAAGUCUAUUUGCCUUGCCUCCUGAUGGUAGUUCCGUCAUGCUGGAUUCUUUGCAUUUUCCCGAUGAAAGUUCUGAUCAGGAUCUGCUGCUUGAUGUGCCAUCCAACGGGUCAUUUCCGCAGGCAGAGCUCCUUCACCCAACUUCAAGCUUGAAUACACCACAGGCAAGUGCUAGCAGUAGCUCAAUUUACACACACCUACUCCGUCAUUGACGAUGCCUGUCCAAAAACUACUCUAUUUACUUGUGCUUUUUGGGUGAUGCUUCUGCCAAGCCCGUUUACUAGGGCUCAAAUAUUUUGCAUGCCAAACACAUGUCCAUGUGAAUGAGGUUUGAUGGUUGCUCUCAUUUCUCUUUUAUCUUCAUAAAUUUUCCCGUGUACUCUUUUGAACUCAGAAUGCUAAGGGAUAAAUGUGGGUGGGCUUUUUGUAUAGGUGCACAAAAGGUUGUAAUAUAUAGCUCAAAAUGCAGGAGAGGUGGUUUACUGCCAGAGUUUUGUAUGCAAUCUUAGUUUCUGCCUUGGCAAUAUAAAUUCGACUCUUUGUGA